AUGGACGGCCGGACGGCCCUACACUUCGCGGCCGGGCUGGCUUCGGAGGAGUGCACCCGGAUGGUGGCGGCGGCCAGAGCGGACGUGGGGCGGGCGGAGAGGGCCGGCGGGGGCGGCGGCGGUGCGGGCGCUGCUGGAGGCCGGGGCGGACGCGGCGAAAGUGGACGGGCGGGGGAGAACGGCGCUGGAGCUGGCGAGGGAGCUGCUGGUGGCUUUCGACAGAUUGGGGGAACGGACAGCGCUGGAGCUGACGAUGAGCCUGCACGUGACGGCGGCGAUCUAAUGCGAGGAGGCGGUGCUGGUGCUGGUACUGGAGCGGGCGGCGGCGGCGGUGCCGGAGGUAGAAGGGCACCGGAGCAUGCCAGCGAAGAUCUGAGUCGGAAAUAUUGA